AUGCCAGCCCUUCGUCAAGACCGUCUAGCUGAAGCUAAUUUGGUGACCAGCUUGCCUUCGAAUCAAUUGCAACAUGAAGAGAAUUCGAAAGGUGUUCUUAGAAAGUCCUCACAAACUGAUCAUGCUUCUUCGUCGAUGGAAGAUUCAUCAUCAUCAGUUUCCACCUGCAACGAGAAUCUACCGAAAAGUGAAAGAAGGGACAAGAGAACAACGACAUCAGCACCAAAACCAAUAACUAGCAACUCUACUACUAGAACCCAAUCAACAACUUCGAGGAAAAGGACUCGACCUAUCAAUCAUGCCAACAUUGCAUCCAGAUGGCUUUACAAAAUUUGGUUCAAACUUACGCUGCCAGUCGUGGUUGUGUCCUUUGCGCUGACAAGAUCUAUACCAGUCUUGUUCUUUGCUGCAAUUCUUCCAAUUACUGUUGCCAUGAUGCAAGGCUUUGCCCGAAUGAUCAACUACCGACUAUUUUAUGCCAAUGCCCCAGUGCCGAGGGCGCCUUCUCAUGGAGUUGUCAAGUGCACCAGGCUGAAGCACGAAUCAUCAUUCAACAAUCCUUCUCCCAUUGCAGCAUCUGAUGAUGAUGAGAUGGAACGCCCACUUCGGCUUUUGCUCAUCGGAGAUUCCUUGGCGGUGGGUGUUGGACAGUCCUCGUCUUGUACACCAAUCAUGCCAGAUGUCAUUGCCAAGGAAUUGAGUAAGGAACUAGGUGGAAGGACAGUCAUGUGGACUUGCCACGGAACACCUGGAGCCUCCACUGGUUGGAUCAUUCGUGAAUUGGAAAAGUCCAUGAAGAAUGGAGUCUUUCAACUACCAUUAAAGGACAAGAAGAAGAAAGACAAGUUUCAACACUAUUCCACCAUGGACGAUGAUGAUGAUGAUGUCACGUUGGGUUGCUGUCCCACUGCUUCCGAUGAUUCUUCUUGCGAUUCUACUGGUUCACUGUUGUACCAUCUAGACGAAGACUUGCAAGCAUGGCAACGCCGAUUAAAGCAGCAGCGCAUUGAUUUCGAUCCCGAAUCACUAGCUACCUUUGACAUUGCGGUAGUUUUGACUGGAUCGAACGAUUUGAAGAAUGCUUGCUUUCCAUUCUUGAAGAAGGAAGAAGAUUCCGAUGGCGUAUCGACACAAGCUAGUGACUAUGGUAAGGAACUCCAGCGUUUGCUAAUGACCCUGAAUGGGAGAAUGCACCGCCAAAUUCAAACCAUUCAAGAAUCAGUCCGAGUUGCCAAAGAAAAAGUCCGAGAAUCGGUGGAUACAGUUGUAGUCCGUACUCUGGGACGUGACUCUUCUCUUCGAAAUAUAAGCUCUGGUUCUCAGUUGGACAAGAUCGAGGAAGAUGAUAUGCAUUCCGUUUCAUGCUCCACUUCGGAGGAUGAACAGUCCUCUUUGGAAACUAACAACGAGACCACACGAUUGCUCCAAAUGGAAGAAGCAUCCGAACCAACUACUCGUCGGCAAUCCUUCUUUCCUAUGGUGGUUCUCCCUGGAAUGCCCGCUAGCUCACUGCCAGCCUUUGAUGCCUUUCCACUACGGCAUCUGGCACAUCCAAUGGUAGCAAUCAUGGAUGGCCACAAGCGCAACAUUUCCAAUGCGCACGAUGGUGAAGUCCUUUUCGUUGAUCCACCGUCAAAGGAGGCCCUUUCCGAGUACUCUGCGAAGAAAGGUUUCUACUGGCGACAACAAGUCGACGACAAUGUCCUGUUGAAUGCAUCUGAUAUCUCGCAGAGAAGGAAGGAAGCCAUGGAAAAUGACAUGAAGGAAUACUACGAAGAAUAUCAGACUACCUUUGAAUGUCAUCCUCCCAAAGCGUACAAUCACUUUUCUGCAUUUUCUGCCGACGGCAUUCAUCCCAAUAACAGUGGCUACAACUUUUGGGGAAGAUACAUUGGAAAUGCAAUUGUGGAGGAGUGGAGAAGAAAACAAGGAAUAGAAACCAUUCGAGUGGUUUGA